UCUAAGGAGAGGGGCGAGAGUGGGCAGGGCAGGGCGGGCUAGGGGCAGCGCUCUCUCCCAACGGCGCGGAUCCUUUUUGGAAAUUAAUAUUAAAAAAAAAAAAAGCCGAGGACGCUGAGGGGAAGGUGGGGGCAAGAGAGAAGGCGACACACACACAGAGGCAGAGCCCCACGGUGAGAGGAAGAAAGGCAACAGUCGCCGGCAGCCGAUGUGAAGACCGGACUCAGUGCGCCCCUGGCCGCCUCUGCCCGGCCACAUCGAUGUUGCAGUCCGCUCGCCCGCAGCACGAUGAACGCGCAGCUUACCAUGGAGGCGAUCGGCGAGCUGCACGGGGUGAGCCAUGAGCCGGUGCCCGCCCCUGCCGACCUGCUGGGCGGCAGCCCCCACGCGCGCAGCUCGGUGGCGCACCGCGGCAGCCACCUAGCUCCCGCGCACCCGCGCUCUAUGGGCAUGGCGUCCCUGCUGGACGGCGGCGGCGGAGGCAGCGAUUACCACCACCACCGCGCCCCUGAACACAGCCUGGCUGGCCCCCUACACCCUACCAUGACCAUGGCCUGUGAAACUCCUCCAGGUAUGAGCAUGCCCACCACCUACACCACCUUAACCCCUCUGCAGCCGCUGCCGCCCAUCUCCACCGUGUCUGACAAGUUCCCUCACCACCACCACCACCACCACCACCAUCACCACCACCCGCACCACCACCAGCGCCUGGCGGGUAACGUCAGCGGUAGUUUUACGCUCAUGCGGGAUGAGCGCGGGCUGGCCUCCAUGAACAACCUCUAUACACCCUACCACAAGGACGUGGCUAGCAUGGGCCAGAGUCUCUCGCCCCUCUCCGGCUCCGGUCUGGGUGGCAUCCACAACUCCCAGCAAGGGCUUCCCCACUAUGCCCACCCCGGCGCGGCUAUGCCCACCGACAAAAUGCUCACCCCUAAUGGCUUUGAAGCCCACCACCCGGCCAUACUGGGCCGCCACGGGGAACAGCACCUCACGCCCACCUCGGCCGGCAUGGUACCCAUCAACGGCCUUCCUCCGCACCAUCCUCAUGCCCACCUGAAUGCUCAAGGCCACGGACAGCUCCUGGGCACAGCCCGGGAGCCCAACCCUUCGGUGACCGGCGCGCAGGUCAGCAAUGGAACUAAUUCAGGGCAGAUGGAAGAGAUCAAUACCAAAGAAGUGGCGCAGCGUAUCACCACCGAGCUCAAACGCUACAGCAUCCCACAGGCCAUCUUCGCGCAGAGGGUGCUCUGCCGCUCCCAGGGGACCCUCUCGGACCUGCUGCGCAACCCCAAACCCUGGAGCAAACUCAAGUCCGGCCGGGAGACCUUUCGGAGGAUGUGGAAGUGGCUGCAGGAGCCCGAGUUCCAGCGCAUGUCAGCGCUCCGCUUAGCAGAAAGCGGCAUGGGUGGCAGUGUGCCUUCUCUGAGGACCACAUCUGGAGGCCCCCAACUGUUCAUUCCUCACUCAACUGCAUGCAAAAGGAAAGAGCAAGAACAUGGGAAGGAUAGAGGCAACACCCCCAAAAAGCCCAGGCUGGUCUUCACAGACGUCCAACGUCGAACUCUACAUGCAAUAUUCAAGGAAAAUAAGCGUCCGUCCAAAGAAUUGCAAAUCACCAUUUCCCAGCAGCUGGGGCUGGAGCUCAGCACUGUCAGCAACUUCUUCAUGAAUGCCAGGAGGAGGAGCCUGGACAAGUGGCAGGACGAGGGCAGCUCCAGUUCAGGCAACUCAUCUUCUUCAUCAAGCACUUGUACCAAAGCAUGAAGGAGGAACCACGUACUAGAACCUCGGUGGAAAAGCUUUAAAUUAAAAAAAAAAAAAAAAGUUUUUAAAGACCAGGACCUCAAGAUAGCAGGUUUAUACUUAGAAAUAUUUGAAGAAAACAAAGUGGUAUUUAUAGUCCAAAGAAACCAAAGACUGAAGCUCACCUGCAUUCUGACUUUGUUCCAAGACUCACACUUCAGCAGGGCAAGGACUUGGCAAGAAAAGUGAUGAGCGUUAAAACACCGGGUCUCACACCUUCAAUCCCUGGUCUUCACUGUGCUUGGCGGUUCGGCGAUUUGAAGCACAGUGAUGUUUGAGCCAUUAAGCGGACAUCUUUUAAGAUCAGACAUUCUUAUUAGCUCUACCACACCACAAAGGUGUCUCGGUACCAUGUGUGGGUGUGUGCAUGUGUGCCUGUGUACACACACACACACACACACACACACACACAUCAUCAGUGGUUAGGGACUCAGGCAGGGCUGGUCUUCAGGAAGCAUUGCACUGUAGAAGUGCAACCAACAUGAUGUGGGGUUGUCCAAGUUCAUAGGAUUAGGGGUGUGAUUUUGCUUGUCUAGCCUAGCGUUUGAACCUGCCAGGCCUGCAACCAAAAUGCAGAUUCAAACCCAGCAAAGAAAAUUUGAAUGGCACCUAAACCAGUGCAUUCUCUUUGUUUGUUAAGGAAUAUUCAGAUAUUUUUUAAGAAAUGAAACAAUAGACCAUCCAUUGAAAAAAAUAUCACAUAGGUACCAAAGAACACAAUAUUAUAGUGCAGGUAUUUUAUUGCAAUGAUUUUAAUAACCAAAGCUAUUUUUACACAAGAUACUAUGUAAAGUUAUACAUACAAACUGAUCUAGCUGUAAUACACAUGCCACAUAGAUUCACGACUAUUAGUUAUGACUCUUGAAACAUUUGAAAUAUGAGUUUUCAGAACUGGCAAGGAAGAAUGUAGAUUCAGGGAAGCAGCCACCGCGGAUCUGUAUGAAAGUCCUCUUCAGGAUCCAUAAAUGUCACUUGCACAGAGAAAGGGCAUCAUGUCAUAAUCUGCUUCUAGCUUAGAAGAUGUGAAGACUGUUCCAGAGUAGCCCCCGUGUGUAUACUAGAAAACUAAGCUGAGCUGAUAACUAAAUUAGAAAAAAAAUGUCCAAAGUGAUCAUUUUUAAUAAAUGAUCCCUCCGAAGAAAAACUUAAAUUGGCUUAAAUUUGCUUUAUGCAUUUGGCACCAAAUAGCUUUUGAAAACACUUCACAAAACACAAAGGAAGCAAGCAGACCAAUAUUAAUUAUAAUUAAUUAUCCCAUAGCCUGUAGCCAUCCUAAAAAGUAAUUGAACAGACUUUAUUGCCAGUCUAAGACAUUUUACAACAUGGAUGUCAAUAAAAGAGCAGGUACCACUGAGAAAUGGUGGAACUACAUUGGAAAAAAAGCAUAGUUGCAGUCUCUCAAAGACUUUUGGAUCUUUUGGAAUUAAUGUGUUUUACCAAGCACAGCCUCCAGAGAAUGCUAUGUUUUUCCUUGCUACUCACAAACUUGGAAAUUUUACAACAUGGAUUCAGCUCUCUGACAGAGACAGAUUAAAAAAACUAGACCUGAGCUUCCCAUUCAAAGUUUUAGAUUGUAUAUUAUUUUUCUAAAUCACUUAACUGGAGCUGUGGAGACUCCAGUUAAGUGAUUUAGAAAAAAAAAAAAUACACAGUUAAGGUGUAAAAACAAAGAGCCAGUGGUCAUUUGAUUCCCAGAAACAUUCUCUCUGAAUCCAGCUGAAUUACAGCUAAUGUGAGUGAUACUUGCUCUAUCAUGAGGUCAAGAGUGAUUCCCUCAGUGAAUAUGACCCUAACUAGAAACAUAAUACUAAAAGUUAUUUUAACAAUAAGUUGUUCAUUGAGAGCCAAGCAAAAAAAACGUAAACCUUCUUGACACAAAGCCUAACUCCUUGAGGUCAAAUCUCGGACCCAGAAAGCGGAACCAUUUGUCUCCUCCCUGCUGUACACCGGGGAAAGAAACUCAGCACACACUACCCUUCCCCUUUAGUGGAACCCUGUGUUUGCCUUGACGGAUUUUGUCUUGGUAUUUUUUGAGUCUCAAAAAUUUUAAUUUUCGGGCUAGAGAGAUGUCUCAGUGGUUAAAAAGCACUGACUGC